GCAAGUGCUACUCUCUUCAAUGUCGGCAGACAUGUACAAAUUGGAAUCACGAUGUGAAAAGAGCUUACUAAAUCUUCCUUCGAAGAAUAUGGGAAUUAUGGACAUUUAUCACUAUUUCAUCAACGAAAUUUCGGACCCCAGAGUUUCUGAUUGGCUCUUGAUGUCAAAUCCAUUUGGUAUAGUACUAAUUUUACUAGCUUAUUUGUCUUUCGUACUUUAUCUUGGGCCAUUUUACAUGAAAGAGAGAAAACCUUAUGCGCUUACCAGGAUUAUGAUUUGUUACAAUGUUUUUGUCGCAACUGCGAGUGCUGUUAUAUUUUAUGGUAUAGUUACAUCUGGUUAUACAACGCAUCUUUCUGUGGGAUGCGAACCUUUUGUAAUUUCAGACGAUCCUAUGUCGCUUAACAUGGCUCGUUGGGUGUGGUGGUUUUUAAUUCUGAAAAUCAUCGAGCUUGCAGAUACCGUUAUUUUCAUCUUCAGAAAAAAGUAUAAUCAAAUGUCGUUUCUUCACGUAUAUCAUCACACAAUGACUCUUUUUACAGUAUGGCUCUCUUGCAAAUAUGCACCUGGUGGUAUGUGGACUUUUAUAAUGUUGCCUAAUUGCGCAGUACACGUAAUUAUGUACAUAUAUUAUCUCUGUACUUGUUUGGGACCCAAAAUGCAGAAGAUAGUUACUCCUUGGAAAAAAUAUAUGACUCUUUUGCAAUUGAUUCAAUUUACUGUCAUGAUAGCCCAUACGUUCCAAGCACUUCUACCGUCUUGUGAGCCUACGCGAAAACCACUAGCGUACAUUUACAUGUCUCAAAUUGUUUUCCUGUUCUACAUGUUUGUAGAUUAUUAUAAGAAAUCAUACUUGAGGAAAAAGAUUGAAUAAACGAGUAGAAGUGUCAUAGAAUUUAACUAAUAAGUUAAUUUAAUUUAGAGCUACUUUAGUAAA